ACUUUACUACUACGUGCCCCUGUUUUGACUAAAUAACUGAGAAUGAAUUAUGUCUUGGUGUUUUCGGCUACUAAGCUGCUUCGCUAGUCCGUCCGUAACUUUUCCUUGCUUUCGCUACAAGGAGGUCUAUGUGUUAAGUGUGACAUACAGCUAUUAUCCGUCCAAAUAAUUACGCGGCUAUUUUUACUUCAUUCCGCUCUUUACAACUCUUUCGUUUGGAUUCAUAUUCAUAUACCUUGUGUUGUCCUUCUCUUCGCAGUGAGAAACAUAUCGUGAUACAUAAGUCAAGGAGUGUAACGAAGAAAAAGGCAUCGACUUUUAAUAGACUUUUUGGACCUUUUUUUAUAUACACACGAGAAAGUUAAAUGGAAGAUGCUCCAAUUUCGCCUAAAGAAUGUCUUAAAAAAGGCGAGACCUCUAAAGCAGCUGAAUCGGAGCGACGCAAAAAAGAGAACAUUCCUCUGAACGAGGAAAGACCAGAUUUAAACCGGAUACGGACAGACUAUAGAAUUUGGUUACAGAAGCAAAAGGAGAAUUAUGGAGAUCUGGCCGUUUUCGGAGACGAUGAUGAAUUGAAUGAGGAAGGUGGGAAACCAACAGCGUCUUCUGAGUAUUCACAUGAAAUCGAAGGCAAGGUACCGAAGCACAGGGCUCGCAGAGAAACUACUAUAGACAUUCCUGGACUUACUAUGUCUAUACAGCCUGGAUCAGAAAUUAAACAAAUGACCUAUAAUGUGAAAGCAAAACUCGCUAUCAUCCUUGUAGGAUUGCCGGCACGAGGAAAAUCAUACAUUGGGAAAAAACUUCAAAAAUACUAUAACUGGCUACGAUACAGUUGCAAGAUUUUUAAUGUCGGAAAUCGUCGCAGACAAGAGGGACAGAAGAAAUACAGUAUGGAUGCUUCAUUCUUUGACCCAAACAACCCUGAAGCUAAGCAGUUUCGUGAGGAACUUGCCAAGUCGUGUUUAGAGGAAAUGCUGCAUUGGUUGCAACACGAGAAUGGCGUUGUAGGAAUUCUCGACGCAACGAAUUCAACUUUCUCGAGAAGGAAAUUACUUGUGGACCGUAUCUCCCAAAUUGAUAGUAUCCGGAUACUUUUUGUUGAAAGCAUCUGCACAGAUGAGAAGCUUAUUGAAGAAAACAUCCGACUUAAAAUAUACGGACCUGACUACAAGGGAACAAACAAGGAGGAAGCAUUGGGCGAUUUCAGGAAACGUGUCGCACUGUAUGAGAAAACUUAUGAAACGCUGGGUGAGCAAGAUGAACGACUAGACAAACUCCAAUAUGUGAAGCUCAUCAACGUUGGCAAAAAAGUGGUGACUCACAACGUUACGGGCUUUCUGGCUGGGCAGGCCGUCUGCUUUAUGCUAAACCUGAAUCUGCAGCGUCGUCAAAUAUGGUUUACUCGGCACGGCGAAUCCAGCGAUUCACUUGGGGGUAUCAUUGGCGGAUAUUCAUCAUUGACGACAGCUGGUCUUGAAUACGCGCAAAGUUUGACAAGGUUUAUUAACGAACAACGACUUUUGUGGUUGAGUCAACGGUCGGAGCGCAUAUCGCAAAAGCAUUUGCGGUUUAGGGAAGGUGAUGAAGUGUCGUUCAGUGUUUGGUCCUCAAUGCGACGACGCGGCAUCGAAAUGACACAAUUCUUCGACCCUAAUUAUUACGAUGUAAAAGCCAUUCGCAUGCUUGAUGAAAUGAACACCGGGCAGUUUGAGAACUUGACUAUUGAGCAGUUCCUAAGUGCGUUUCCUGAGAAUCCUGAUAGUCCAGCAGCAUCCAAGCUCCUGUACCGGUUUUCGGGGCAUGGCGGAGAAAGUUACUUGGAUGUCAUUCAUCGUUUGCAUGCAGUCAUACUGGAACUUGAACGCCUUCCCGGUAAUGUACUGAUAGUUGCGCAUCGGGUUGUUUCGAGCAUUCUUAUGACUUAUUUUAUGAACUACAGCCAACAGGAAAUGUUUAAUGUUGGGCUACCGCUCCAUUCACUAUACUGCAUUGAAUUGGGAACAUACGACGUAAUUUGCUCUAUUUACCAAUAUAAUGCGGACUCUAGGAAAUUCACCAAAGUGAAGGAACAACAUGUACCGUUUUAACGCACUCUCUACCCGUUUGUCGGGACGUUGACCAAAAUAGCCCACCCUCGAGCCAAACAGUAUCUUAAUGAACAAGCAUCCUACAACUACCAACCAUAUUUUCCACCCACACCACACGAUGAAAACCGCUAUAUAACGCUCUGUCAUUAAGAGACUUGUCAGACGUGUAUUCGCUAUCGUUUUUAUACCUUGAAAGCACGGGACUUUCUGCGACCACGAGCUCUCUCGAACUUACGUCCCUUGGAGCGGACGAAAGGAGCCAUGUGCUUGUGGGGACCGAAACCGAAGUGACGGUAAGCCUCACGAGCGUGCUUCUUACCGCGGAGAAGGAGAGUGUUGGCACCAGUGGGAGAGCGAAGGGCCAAUUGGUCCAAAGUCAAGCACUCACCGCCAGCCUUCAAGAUGCGAGCACGAGCAGACUUGGAGAAGCGAAGAGCGGCAAUAGAAAGCUUAGGAAGGCUCAAGAGACGCUCAUCAUCAGUGAUGGUACCGACAACGACAACAGUCUUGCCUUGGUGCUUAGAGCUGGCACGGUUAACGUUGGCAGCAAUUUUAGACACGGAGAUGGGAGGACGGUUCGUCUUAGAUUGGAAAAGACGCUUCAAAACAGCCUUGUUGAAGCGAGAGUCGGUACGACGAGCCAAGAAGCGAUACAACUUCACGAGAAGCUUCAAGUACACGUUCUCAGACGCAGGCUUGGUGCGCUGAGACUUCUUAACGUGAUGUCUCUUAAUGUCAAUUCCCUAAACAACCAUUAGUUUCAUGAAAUAACUGGUGGUGAACUCGCUUACCAUUUCGACCCUGGUCAAAAGUGGAUGCGUUGUGUCGACAAGGUCAACUUGAAAUGUGACUGCGAAUCUCGGACAAGGUCAAAGAGUUGGGGAAGAAUGAAGAAUUCCUAGCGCAUAAAUCUAUAAUAAAUACAUAAAUUAAUAAAAUAGUAUUGUAAUAGUCG